GUAUGGAGGCUGUGGGUUCCGCGGCCUCUGGUGGGUCCCGGGUGGCUGCGGGAACCGGGCUCGUGGUUCUGCUCCUUCUGGCCUGGUGCGCGGGCAGCCGGGUUUCGCGAAUUCUUCAGUGCCUGGUGGGGCUGGAGGCGGAUCCCGAGGGGAGCGGAGCAUCUUGUAAAGACACUAGAAGUAUAAUGUCUCAGGAAGGCGAUUACGGAAGGUGGACCAUAUCCAGUAGCGAUGAAAGCGAGGAGGAGAAGCCAAAACCAGACAAGCCAUCUACCUCUUUGCUCCCCCACGCUGGGCAGGGAGCAGCGCACGAGCCAAAGUACACCUGCUCCGAGGCGCGGCGAGCCGCCCACAGGAGAAAGAUCGACCCCGUGAGGUUCCGCAACGCAGACCCGGUUUCAGAAGCAUCCCCUCCCAAGAGGCAGAAGAGUGGCUCCCAGGAAGACCUGGGCUGGUGCCUCUCCAGCAGUGAGGAUGAGCUGCCCCCAGAGAAGCAGCAGAAGCCGGCUAAGGAAGCGGGGAUCAAAGAAGAGAAAGGCCCCCCUUCUCCCAGAGAUGGAUCUGGGCACCGCAGCCCUCCUGCCAGCCACGGGCUCAAAGAGGAGGAAGAGGAGCACGAGACGUCAGGGGGAGGCCAGGACAUUUGGGACAUGCUGGACAAAGGGAACCCCUUCCAAUUUUACCUCACCAGAGUCUCCGGAAUUAAGCCCAAGUACAACUCGGGAGCUCUCCACAUCAGGGAUAUUUUAUCUCCUCUGUUUGGGACACUUGUUUCUUCAGCUCAGUUUAACUACUGCUUUGACGUGGACUGGCUCGUAAAACAGUAUCCACCGGAGUUCAGGAAGAAACCAGUCCUGCUUGUGCAUGGCGACAAGCGAGAGGCAAAGGCUCACUUACACGCCCAGGCGAAGCCUUAUGAAAACAUUUCGCUCUGCCAGGCAAAGUUGGAUAUUGCAUUUGGAACACAUCACACGAAAAUGAUGCUCCUGCUGUACGAGGAAGGCCUCCGUGUCGUCAUACACACCUCCAACCUCAUCCACGCCGACUGGCACCAGAAAACACAAGGAAUAUGGUUGAGCCCCUUAUACCAACGAAUCGUCCCUGGGAGCCACAGAUCCGGAGAAUCAGCCACACACUUUAAAGCUGACCUCAUCAGCUAUUUGUCGGCUUAUAACGCCGCUGCCCUCAAAGAAUGGAUAGACACCAUCCAGGAGCAUGACCUCUCGGAAACAAAUGUUUACCUUAUUGGCUCAACCCCGGGACGCUUUCAAGGAGAUCAAAAAGAUAAUUGGGGACAUUUUAGGCUUAGGAAGCUCCUGAAAGAGAAUGGCUCCUCCAUCCCUAAAGCAGAGUCCUGGCCGGUUGUAGGUCAGUUUUCGAGCAUCAGCUCCAUGGGGGCCGACGAAUCAAAAUGGUUGUGUUCUGAGUUUAAAGAGAGCUUGGUGACCCUGGGGAAGGAAAGCAGGACCCCAGGAGGUGCCGUCCCUCUGCAUCUGAUCUAUCCUUCCGUGGAGAACGUGAGGACCAGCUUAGAAGGAUAUCCGGCUGGGGGCUCUCUUCCCUAUAGCAUCCAGACGGCAGAGAAGCAGACCUGGCUCCAUUCCUAUUUUCACAAAUGGUCAGCUGCCACGUCGGGCCGCAGCAAUGCCAUGCCACAUAUUAAGACGUAUAUGAGACCCUCUCCAGACUUCAGUCAAAUUGCUUGGUUCCUUGUCACAAGUUAACCCUCAAGAACGUGAAUUCAGACACAAUGUGGCCUCUUGAACAUUCUCCAAAGGGACCCGAUGUUCAGAGACCACAUUUCAGUGUCAGCUCACCUGUGUGUCCAGCAACUGCCUUUGAAACCAAGUCACUGAGUUGCGAGGAGAAAACCUUGGCUUUUCAUACUGGUUCUGUCACAUGCUGAUCCUGUGUGACCUUCGCUUCCUGUAUCCUCUGAUGCUGAGUCAGUCGGGCUAGAGGAAAGCACCUGCCUGCUUCCCAUUCUGAAAUGCCAUUGCAAGCACUGCCGAGCGGUAGGGCGGCCUUACCAUGAAGCCGGUUACGAUUUUGCUUUGUGCUUCGUGCCUUAAAGGAUGUGACAGUUCCAUCAAUCAGACCCGACAGAAGGCUCUUAUCAGUUGGCUCACAGGACUCUACCCAUUGUAUUCCUUUUUUAUGCCCGACAAGGCUCUUACUGAAAUCAUGCCACUUUGCAUGAAUGUCGGAUUGAAUUUGAAGGCUCUUCUCCACCUUGAGUCAAAAUCCUCUUAACUAAGCAAACUGCUUUUUCUCAAAAUAAAAUAGAGUCAGAGCAAUAUAGCAAAACAUCAAUCAUUGGGUAAAAGUGGUCUCAUCUGCCUAGCAUGAUGUGGUGUUUGUUUAUAUGCACCCACAGCACACAGAAGUUCCUGGGCCAGGGAUGGAAUCCGUGCCACAUCAGCAACCCAAGCCACAGCAAUGACAGUGCCGGAUCCUUAACCCACUGAGCCACUAGGAAAUUCCAGGUCAUGGGUUUCUUUGCUGGGAAAACUGUUGCCCAGAGAAAUUAAGCAUCAGAAGCAUACAGCUCACCUUUUAUCCACAGGGAGUGACCAGAAGUGAGCUCUCUUAUUCCCCUCCUGCCAUUGGCUAAACUUUUCCUCCAAGAUGUACAUACUGAAGUCUCUUGUGUAAGACGUCUCACUGUGAGUCCCUGAAGGUUACUUGAUGGAAAGCCCAGUGCUGGGGCUCCAGGGCCAAAGGAGAAGAGAGCCUGUCUGGAGGGCUGGCCUGCAGGAAGGAAGUGGAAAGACUGGCUCCUGGGAAAGCAGGGCCAGUUCCUCUUGCACUGCUGUGUUAGUCCGGGUUCUCCAGAGAAACGGAACCAAUAGAUGAGAUACACAGAGAUUUAUUUUCAUUUUAAGGAAUUGACUUGCAGCCUUGGGAGCUCGGAAGUCCAGCAUCCUUGGGACCAGCCGCAGCCUGGAGCCUUGAGUCUCCAGUCUUGGGUUGCAUUCAUGAGUCUCUUUUUAUUUUCACUGCAACAGUCGCGUUUGCUGUCUAUUCAGCGACUGUUCUUUCCACAAAGUGGAACGAGAAGGUUGAUAGAUGCACUUCACAAAAGUUGCAUGACAUUUAUUGAUUCUCUUUUAAGGGCAUUAAUGGAAGUUGAGAUUAAAGUAGCACCUCGAGUACCCUUUUGUCCAGGCGAAAGGUUUUAUUAUAGAUCGGCCAUGUGGUGUUGGAGGCGGGGAAGCCCUCUGUGCGGAACACCUCCCAGAUGCCCUGUUGAGGAAGAGCAGUUGAGAUGAUGGGAAGCGUGUGAGUGUGGAAUUCAAUGGACCCAAGGUCAAAUCCCAACCCACCGCUUACCGUCAGUGGCUCAGUAAACCUCGCCAGGCACUAGCUUCUUGAAACAGUUGUCCCGUGGUGUCCCUGGGGAAGGGGGUGUAGUCCUAGAACCCCCUGCAGAUACCAAAGUCUGCCGAUGCUCAAGUCCCUUAUAUAAAAUGGCACAAUACUUGCAUAUAACCUAUGCAUGUACCCUCCCAUAUACUUUAUUUUGGGUUUU